AUGGCCGAAGAUCCCCAAAACGAUAAGCCAGUCACCGAGCAUGACAUCCCGUCUUGGGUAAAGAUCAGGGAAAGCGAUCCCGCCGACGUCACGCCUUCGUCCGCUGCCAUUCAGAAAGACCAAGCUUUACCAGAUGACACUUUGCUGCGCAAAUGUCCUUCAACCAUGAUCAAAUGCGUCCAGGAAACUGCUGCCUCAUUUCUUCCCCACGUCGAACGCAGCAAUUCCAUCAAGGAAUUCACGGCCAAGGCACAUCAAGACUCAUCGAACCAGGAAGAGCAAUCACUGCAAGGUGGCCCUAGAUGA